AUGGUCCAACUUCUCGAUCCAACUGGCACCUUGCUUCGACCGUCUGUCAUCCCAAAACGCUUCAAGCCGUUUUCCAGCAAGAGAAACUGGGUGGAAUAUGAUAAUACCUGGCGAGAGAUUCGAGGGGCCGCUAACAGUGGUGACCAUGCGACCAUUGACUCUGUUCGGGGACUGGCAUGGGUCGACAAGCAUCUUGGCCAAAGCCUUGACACGGUUUUCGCGGUAUACCACUGCAUGGAGGAAUUGCGUCCAAUGGAAGCUGCACACGUCGUUGCGUUGAAUAACGAGAAGAUAGACGGCCACCUCUUCUCUGAUUCGAUGAAGUCAGUCAUGGGUGAUAUGUCGGAUAAUGAUUGCCACGAAACUGUCUCGUCGUUGUUCCUCGAGGAAAACUGCCGUGCCUUCCCGCAACUUGGCCAAUGCCUAAUUGAAUCCACUGUUCGGUUCCUCAAUUCUCGGAUGGUAACGAACAACGAGGACAACAUUGCAGAUUCACUUCCUGUUCUUCAUUGGCCUUUGCGACUGCACUAUAUGCGAGGGAUGCCGGCAGAUCUCGUUUCCCAAUCCUUCUGUGCCUCAAGGAGCUAG